AUUUUUGAUUUCGGUGCCGGCAUUAUUAUUACACAUAAUACAUAACAUAACUCAUAAUCUCCAGAUUUGAAACGGAAACCAUAAAACAAAUUGAAAAUUAUAACAAAUUUUUUUGGGGGAAAACUAGCAACUUUUCUGUAAGCAAUUCCUCUGAAUUCCACAAGACAAAGCCCAGCAAAAGCUGCUCGCUUCAACACGCCUUGGAUUUCCUCACCUUUACUCUUCUCUUCACACACCUAACCUAUUACUGUUUCUUGAUUUUGCGCUUUCUUUUGAGUUCUGCGUAAAAGAAUAUUUUGAUUCAUUUUGGUUAAUUUUGAAGCAGAAAGCUUUAAAUUUGCUAAGAAACGCAGGUAACAUUUAAGUUGUGGCUUUGUUUUUUCCCAACAAUUUGGUCAUUUUUAACUGACAGAUUGUGAAUUCUGAGAUCUACUUCAAGGAAUUUUUCUGAUCUCAAGAAGAAUUUUGCUUAAAAGAGUUCUUUUUGGUGGGCAUAUAUUUAAUCAAGCCAUAUUUGGGACUCUAAUUUUAUUAAUAUAAUUAUGCUUGUUUGUGGCUGCAUCUGAUUUGGGACUAAUCUUGUUGGGGCAGUUGCCUGUAUUUCAUAUUAAAGUGGGUCAAUUGGGAUGGAACUAUAUUCAAUUUUAUGUCAUUUGAUAUAAAAUUUGGCUACAAAAUGUGGGGUUUAGUUAAUGGAGGCUACUGAAGGAUUGAAGAAGGUACAUACUGCAUAGGUCCCAUACCCCUACUCCAUUGUGCUUACAAGAUAAGUGAUUGAAAAGGGUCCUUUUUGCUAAAGUUUGAUAGGCCCUUUCUGGAAAAAGUUAGUUCUUUUUGAGGAAUUAUUGAUCUUUUUGCAUAUGGCGCCUGUUGGGACUCAUUCCUUAUCAGGAUCCCGGAAUUCUUCGAGUAAGAAGGUGCCUAAAGCUCGCGUGCCUCCCUCUUUUAAUUCAAUCAAAUCAUUGCCAGCUGAAAUUAGGUUGAUGGAAUCAUCACCAGCUUCUCAGUCAUCUGAGAAGGAUGGGCAUUCAAAUGGUGGUGUUCUUGAUUAUGGUAGUUUAGAAGGUGUUGAUUAUGUUGCUGGACAAGGGGAUCAGGUUAAUGAUGAUUCACCUUAUGGGCAGAGGGCUGUACCGGUGUUAGAUGAAGAUUCUGAUGUCGGUUCUUCGCCUUUGCCUUCAAUUCCAUCUAUAGCUGAAUCAAAAUGGAAUGACACUGUUUCGUAUGCAAAGAAGAAGAGUGCUCAGACUUGGUACCAACUCCCCGAUGGGAACUGGGAACUUGGAAAGAUUAUAUCUGCUUCCGGAACAGAAAGUAUCAUUUCAUUACCAGAGGGAAAGGUUUUAAAGGUGCAAACUGAUUGCUUAUUACCAGCAAACCCUGAUAUCCUUGAUGGCGUGGACGAUUUAAUGCAACUCAGUUAUCUGAGUGAACCGACAGUCCUGUACAAUCUUCAAUACAGAUAUGAUAGAGAUAUGAUUUAUACAAAGGCGGGACCUGUGCUAGUUGCUAUCAAUCCUUUCAAAAAAGUUCAACUGUAUGGAAAUGAAUAUAUUGAAGCAUAUCAACGCAAAUCCAUUCAGAGUCCGCAUGUGUAUGCAAUUGCAGACACAGCUCUUCGGGAAAUGAAACGAGAUGAAGUGAACCAAUCAAUCAUCAUCAGUGGUGAGAGUGGAGCUGGGAAAACUGAAACAGCAAAGAUAGCUAUGCAGUAUUUGGCUGCUUUAGGAGGUGGUAGCGGUAUAGAGUAUGAAAUAUUAAAAACUAAUCCCAUCUUGGAAGCUUUUGGCAAUGCAAAAACCUUAAGAAAUGACAACUCAAGUCGAUUUGGGAAGCUGAUUGAGAUCCUCUUCAGUGACACUGGGAAGAUAUGUGGGGCCCAAAUCCAAACUUUCCUACUUGAAAAGUCCAGAGUGGUGCAAUGUGCUGAAGGUGAACGUUCCUACCAUAUAUUUUAUCAACUUUGUGCUGGAGCUACUCCUGUCCUUAGAGAGAAAUUGAAUCUGAAGAGUGUUGAGGACUACAAAUACCUGAAGCAAAGCAAUUACACCAUUACGGGUGUGGAUGAUGCUGAACAAUUUCGUAAUGUUAUGGAAGCUCUGGAUGUAGUUCAUGUCUCAAAGGAUGACCAAGAGAGUGCAUUUGCAAUGCUUGCCGCUGUCUUGUGGCUAGGAAAUGUUUCGUUCACAAUCAUUGACAAUGAAAACCAUGUAGAACUUGUGGCUGAUGAAGCUCUUCUUACUGUUGCAAAAUUGAUUGGUUGCGAAGUAAAGGAGUUACAACUUGCAUUGUCUACCAGAAAAAUGAAAGUUAGAAAUGACAAUAUUAUUCAGAAGCUAAAGCUAUCUCAGGCCAUUGAUACCCGUGACGCCUUAGCAAAAUCAAUAUAUUCGUGUUUGUUUGACUGGCUUGUAGAACAAAUCAACAAGUCUCUUGGAGUAGGCAAACGGCGUACUGGAAAGUCCAUCAGCAUUCUUGAUAUAUACGGUUUUGAAUCAUUUGAUAAAAAUAGCUUUGAGCAAUUCUGCAUCAAUUACGCUAAUGAGAGACUACAGCAGCACUUCAAUCGGCAUUUAUUCAAAUUAGAACAGGAGGAAUAUAUUCAGGAUGGAAUUGAUUGGACAAAAGUUGACUUUGAAGACAACCAAGCUUGCCUUAAUCUUUUUGAGAAGAAACCCCUUGGGUUGCUAUCUCUGCUUGAUGAAGAGUCCACUUUUCCGAAUGGAACGGACCUAACUUUUGCUAAUAAGCUUAAACAACAUUUGAAGUCCAACUCAUGUUUCAUAGGAGAGCGUGAGAAAGCUUUUACCGUAUCUCAUUAUGCAGGAGAGGUUACGUAUGAUACAACAGGAUUUUUAGAGAAGAACAGGGAUUUGAUGCACUUGGACUCUGUGCAACUUCUUUCAUCUUGUAAAAUGUCCCUUCCACAAAAAUUUGCUUCAAACAUGCUGGUUCAAUCUGAAAAGCCCGUUGUUGGUCCCUUGUUCAAGUCAGGGGGAGCUGACUCACAAAAGCUGAGUGUUGCCACCAAAUUUAAGAGUCAACUAUUCCAGUUAAUGCAACGUCUAGAAAAUACAACACCUCAUUUCAUCCGGUGCAUCAAGCCAAACAGCUCGCAGUCUCCUGGAAUGUAUGAACAAGGACUUGUGCUGCAACAGCUUAGAUGCUGUGGUGUCCUUGAAGUUGUUAGAAUUUCAAGGUCCGGCUUUCCUACCAGAAUGACACACCAGAAGUUUGCCAGAAGGUAUGGUUUUCUCCUUCUGGAGAGUGUGGCAUCUCAAGAUCCAUUGAGUGUUUCAGUUGCCAUUCUUCAUCAGUUCAAUAUUUUACCUGAUAUGUAUCAAGUUGGUUAUACAAAACUUUUUUUCCGAACAGGACAGAUUGGGGUGCUCGAGGACACAAGAAACCGUACAUUUCAUGGCAUUCUACGUGUUCAAAGCUGCUUUAGAGGCUACAAAGCUCGGUGUUUUGUGAAAGAAACUAGAAAAGGGAUUUUCACACUUCAAUCUUUCAUUCGUGGUGAAAAGACACGGAAGGAAUUCGCUCUCUUGCUUAGGAGACAGAGAGCUGCCAUAACUAUACAGAAACAAAUAAAGGCUCGGGUAACGAGACGUCAUUUCUUGGAAGCUACUAAUGCAUCUAUAGUGAUACAAUCAGGUAUUCGUGGCUGGCUAGUCAGGAAAUGCUCUGGAAAUAUUGGCUUGCUGCUUAAUUUGGGAAACAAAGCAGGCAAUGAAUCAGAUGAAGUUCUUGUGAAGGCUUCUUACCUUGCAGAGCUACAGCGACGUGUUCUUAAGGCGGAAGCAGCGCUUAGGGACAAAGAAGAAGAGAAUGAAAUCCUGCAUCAGCGUCUACGGCAGUAUGAAAAUCGCUGGUCCGAGUACGAGCUGAAGAUGAAGUCUAUGGAAGAAGUUUGGCAGAAACAGAUGAGGUCGCUACAGUCAAGCCUUUCUAUAGCAAAGAAAAGCCUUGCAGUUGAUGAUUCUGCGAGAAAUUCAGAUGCAUCGGUGAAUGCUAGUGACGAAAGAGAAUAUAGUGGUGAUACUGGAGGUAAUGUCACAUUUAAAAGUCAUGAAAGCAAUGGAGUUAGACCAAUGAGUGCUAGUUUAAGUGUGAUUAGUCGUUUGGCCGAGGAGUUCGAGCAAAGAAAACAAGUAUUCGGGGAUGAUGCCAAAUUCUUGGUUGAGGUGAAAUCAGGCCAAGUGGACGCUUCUCUGAACCCUGACAGAGAACUGAGAAGGCUAAAACAGAUUUUUGAAACUUGGAAAAAGGAUUAUGGAGCAAGAUUGCGUGAAACCAAAGUUAUUUUGCAUAAACUCGAUAAUGAGGAGAGUGUCGGUGAUAAGCUGAGAAAGAAGUGGUGGACUAGGAGGAACAGCACGAGGAUGAGCUAGAACUUAAUUUUUUCGGUUCUACUUGUUGCGAGGUUUGUCACACCAAAGUUAUAUAAACUUAUGUAAUUAUGAUACAUUUGAGUUGAUUCCCAGGGCAGCAUUUAGAUUGCGUACGACGGAAAAAAUGCAGCAUAGAAUCUAAGGUAUAUGUGUGUGUAUCCUUAAAUGUUAUUUUACCUUGUUUUUUGAGUUAUUUGUAUGAAAACCUUGUAGAAGGCAAUUACACUGGUUUUGUGUUGUUGUCUUGGGCCAAGAUGAAUUAUUUGCAGUGGUUUGAAUGUAGCUAACUAGAAAUUGCUCAUUGAAGACGCUCUAUUUGCUACAAUUUUCUCUCUUGGACUGUUGCAAUAAGUUUGCUACAUUUCAAUAACUUUGCUACAUUUUUUUAUAUUUUGUCAAGGUCGUACAUAUUUUAUUCUGAUCUUAUUGUGAGGAGUUUGGUUUUGUAAUAGAAUGUGCUCUUUGGUUUUACAAUUGUUGUACAACUGAUGAGCUUCUAAUGACGCAUUAAUUUAGUUCUAGAGUUUUAACGCUAUACUAAAUACUCCCUUUAAUUUAAUUUACUAUUGUGGUAUUUUGACAUAAUAUAACCUUCAAAUUUCAAUCCAUUAUACCUAUCACUUAGGUCACUUUUGUAAUUAUAAAUAGUUUAUGAGGACAAUUUGGUAAAAAAA